GACAGUCAUAGCCCGUAGAGACACCAUUAUCUGCGCUUAGACAAAGCAGCAGCGACCUUCAAUCAAAGACACGCGGUGGUAACGAGUUGACCUGCCAAGCCAUAAAUAAGAUACCUAGAAUACGUCCGUAAAGAAUAGCAUCGUUUCGCCAGUCUCUCUAGCCCUCGCAUACAAAGACGACACUUGUUCUCUAUACCAUUAACUCGACAACCUUUUUUUCAAAUGUCAAACGAAUCAGCGGGAUCAGUACCCGAAUUAACGACUACGGCAGCAGCAGCAGAUAACAACGACGACAGCAGCAGCAGACGAGGACCCUUCAGCGACCCUUCAGACGGACUGCUCGUGCCCUUCUACGAACAACUGUUGAGACUUUCUUUCCCAGACAGUGUAACAGCAAUCGAACACUGCCGUGAUCUUUGCGCCCAGUUUGGCUUCACUGUCAAGCAAGAAGCAAGCACGCAUCGAAACAUCUAUGUCUAUUGUUCAAGAGAAGGUCUUCCUGACUCACUACGAAAUCCAAAGUCGAACCCAAAGCGUAAACGACCGUCCAAACGUUGCGAUUGCCGAUGGCGCGUCGUCUUAUACCAACAGCAGGGAAAUUGGGUGUUUCGAAAGUCUUUGAAUCCCGAAGCAGCAAAACACAAUCAUGAACUGAUGCGGCCGGAAGAAAUCGAUCGCAAUUGGCCAAAGAAGGUCAUUGACUUCAUUUAUGAGCUGGCGCGCACCAAUUUGCCGACGGCUGAUAUUCGAUCCAAGGUACAAGCCGAGUUUCCCGAGCUCAGCUGGAACGAGCGACGUUUUUAUAAUCGAUUGACAGAGGAAAGACAAAAGAUCAAACAUCGUGAAGCCGUAACGCGGGCACGACGCUUAACCGACAUGUGGGAACGUGUUUGCGUGGCAGCAGCGGGUAACGAAGAGAUGUCGGGUUACAUCGAAAGCGAGCUCGCAAGGCUGUUUUCUGUAACCUGUCAAAUGACAAAGCUGGAUCCACAAACUCUGCAUCCUCCUUUGAUCGCCGGCGAAGAGGAGGACCACCAGCAAGAGCAGCAAAUGGAACAACAACAACAACAACAGGCACAGACAGAUGAAUCGAACGCUAUAGGCACUUCAUCGAUGUCGUCGUCGUCGUCAAGUUUACCUUCGGUUUUAAGUUCGCCUGGACAGAACCAAGAAUCGGGAAGCAGCGUCACAUCCCCAAGUAGCUGGCCACCAUCUGUUGGGGCCACAUCAACAAGUGCACCCAUACCUUUCCCACCGAAAAGAUAUAAAAAACCACUCCGUCCUGCAGGAAAGGAGCCGGCUAGCAAUAAGCAGGCUGAGCCACCGAAAGGCUUCGCAACUGUAGUUAUCCCAGAAACCACGUUUUAUGUCAAGAUACAUGGUCAACGGGUCGCCAAUGAAAUCCAGCUUUCUCGUAAUCCUCGACGGAACCGACCGACACCAGCUCAGCCCCAAGAGGCUGUAGAAGACAAUGGCCCGACGCGCAAGACAGCGAGACGAGCACCACGCCCACUACAACCUGCCCCAUUACAGCAAGGACAGCACCCGCAUUCAUCCAUGCAAUCUUCUGUACAGCAACAGCAUACGGAACAACGGCAACAGCAACAACAACAAAGAUUAUCCAUGUUAGAUCCACAGCAACAACAGCAUACUCCUCCUACCACUACUACGGCUACUACUAACUUUGUAUAUCAUACGGGAUAUGACCAUCAGGGCUUGCCUCUACAUUCAACGAUUCCCGGUUACGAUUUCCAGCGAUUCCAUCCACAGCAGCAGUACAGUAUAUCACCUUCAGGAUCGACAGGGUUCGCACCCCCUCCUUCGGCGCCCGUUGCGACUGACAACAUGUCACCACUCCAGCCUUUUGAUCCGUCCACCUCGGUCGUCCGAACUACUAACGAGCCGACAAUUCAUCCCGCGCUCCAAUCCAACCCAGUGGCGCACAGGCCACCUCCUGCCACAAUCAGGAGAGAUUCCGCGCCUACCAUGUACCCUUUGGCCUCUACUGCGCCCGGUGUUUAUCAACUGGCGGCCGCCGCUGCUGUUGUGACGUCGCGUGAAGAAGAAAUACGCGCUGCUGCAGCACAUCAUCAGCAACAAUCGCAAUCGCAGCCACACCCAUCACCGCAGCAACAGCAACAGCAACCUCCUCAACCACAACAACCAGAGAGUAGCGAGCGUAAUCUCUUUAUGCCUCAGCAACAUGAACAACAACAACAUCAUCAUCACCAUCACGGCAUCAUACCGUCAUAUCAAACCGACCAUCCACCCGAUACACCCAUGCCUGGACGGAACCAUCAUGAUGCUGAACCCCAAUAGUGUGCAGUAGAUGGUCUCCUAAAUUUUGUUGUUCUUUCUUUUAGUUUAAUCCAAAUUCUAAAGAAUCGCGACCAUCUACUAUGUUCAAAACAAAGAAGAAGAAGGAAAAAGGGUGUGAGGGAGUAAUUGCUCGUAGAAAAAGAUUAGAUGGAUGGAAGGAAGGAGUUGCUACUAUGAUUAUUUGGAUUUAUGCUAUAAUAUGUUUUUUAAUUCUUUGGAAUACUGGAGUAGAAAAAGAGAACGGAAGGGGUUUAUGAAAAUGAACAUCAACUUAUUAAAACAAG